ACGGUGCGUGACGUCAACAGUAUGCGCCUCAGAAUCAUAAACAGUUUGACACGAUUUGACAGAGAGCACUGCGUGUCAGAGUAGUAUAUGUUCAGUUAUGCAUUCAUUCAGUUAAAUAAUUCACUUUAUAUUAGUGUAUCCUGUAGUCGGUGUGUGUGUGUGUGUGCGUGUGUGUGUGUGUGUGCGUGUGCAGCUUUAGCUAGUUGUCUGCUAAAGUACACUCUGUCUCACAGAGGACACACAGUCAUCAUGGCUUACACGCAGAUACUCAGAGCUCUCCACCGGACAGCGACACAAAAAUACACACACGUGAGUUUUCUCGUGCACACGCACCGGACAGCGUGCAUGGUGUCGGGACUGACCGUGCUCCACAGGACCGGGGCUCACCGGACUGUCAUGCCCGUGCUGAGCUCCUUCCUCCAGGCACAGAGGGGGGUCUCUCUCCGAGCAGCAGCCAGGAACCAGAGCAGCCCCGAGGACAGGGACCGGUCGGUGUCCCGGUACCAGAGCGGGAGCCCGGAGCCCUCUGCUGCACAGAAAGUGAAAGCCGCCGGCAGAGACUUCACCUACCUGAUCGUUGUUCUCAUCGGGCUGGGAGUGACGGGUGGGCUGCUGUUUGUGGUUUUCCAGGAGCUGUUCUCUUCCUCGAGUCCAAACAAAGUGUACGGGAAAGCCUUCAACAUAAUCAGGCUGGAUCCAGGGGUUGUUGGUGCUUUUGGGGAGCCGAUCAAGUGUUAUGGGGAGACGACGCGCCGAGGGAGGAGGCAGCAAGUCAGUCACCAUGAGUUCCUGAAGGACGGAGUGAAGCAUCUGAGGCUGAAGUUUUACAUCGAAGGUUCAGAGCCAGGACGCAAAGGGACCGUGCACUCAGAGUCAAAGAGGUUUGUUUAUUCAUUUCUAAGGAUGAACCAAUUCAUUAAGAGGAUUUAAUUCAAAUUGAGAAACUGUUUUUAACUUGUUGUUAUUUCACAGAAUCCUCAAACUGGAAAAUAUGAGUUUCGUUACAUAAUUGUGGAAGUGGACACCUACCCGAGACGAACCAUCAUCGUGGAAGAUAACCGAUGAAUAAAUACAGACCCAGAUGAGUCGCUUCACUGAAAAAGCAUUGUGGAAAUGUGGGAAAAGGUGUUUGUAUUAUUGGACAAAUAGCUUAAGUCUAAAUGUUAAUUGAAUUGGCUAUUAAAAGCUGUUGUGUUAAACAUCAACACUUUUGGUUGAUUUUAACUUUGCCACAACAAUGGAGCAUUUGGGAAGUACACUCUCUUUCACAGGGAAUGAUCAUGGACGCUUCUGUGUAAUUGUUUUGUAAAUAAUACACACGCUAGACAUUGUUUUCCUGGAUGUUGACCUCUAUUGAAAGAUGCUUUCAAAUUGUAAUAAAAACACUGUUUGUCUGUUUUAUGCACAGUAACAGACAUACAAGAGAAAGAAGUGUUUUUAUUUUGAGUCAAAAUGAUGGAUUCAGCUUUGAUUUCUACAGCGUUAUUGAAUUGGAUGUAUUUUAUUUUGAGAAUCUGAAGAUAUUUGACUACAAUCUUUACAUUUAAUAAAGUACUUGUUUAAAAGUCAA